CACGUGAAAUCUCUUCCAAGAUGUGUUGCAACUACGGCAACUCCUGUGGCUAUGGCUGUGGCUAUGGCUAUGACUGUGGCUAUGGGCCCUAUUAUGGCUGUAGUUAUGGACCUGGCUAUGGCUGUGGAUAUGGCUGUGGAUACGGCUCCUGCUGCGGCUAUGGCACCAGAUAUGGCUGUGACUGUGGCUAUGGCUCUGGUUGCUGUGGCUACUGGCCAUUUUGGUAUAGAAGAUGUUAUUCUUCUUGCUGCUAGAACAUCACUGUCCAAGACACAUUUGCUUCUGAAAUGGCACGCUUUAAGGGAGGGCUGAUUCACUGAUUUAUACCCCAAGAUUUCUAUAUCCAAUGAAUUGCAUACUUCCGGUAAUUGUGACCUCUAGUUUGCAUUUGUAUGAAGGCAUCCUGUGGCUAAAGGCUAUGUGGUAUCCUCUGACUAUUUUCCAAAUGUUAGUCUUUACUUCUAUUCUGGGUUCUGUGUUGAGACUGUGGCAACAUAUCUAAAAUCC